CCUUAUAAAGCACAUUCAUUUCAUCACCAAACACAAACACAAAAGUUACUCUGCUUUUUUAAAACAUGGAUUGCUUUAAGAAUCGCACUUUUGUUGCUUUUCGCAUUUCGUGUUUAAUAAUGAUAGCAGUUGCGCUGGUACUUCAAGGGAUAUCUUUAAGGAAAGAUGCAAAAUGGGACCAGUACAUAACAGGUGCUGUUCCGCCAGACAUAAAUCACCCCGUUGUGUUUCAGAUCAAAGCUUACCAGUCGCUGUGGAAAUUGAAUGUGCUAGCAGACUACGACACAGACGUCUAUGACAAUCAUGAUUACAAUGCCUAUGUCGAUAAAUCAAAAAGGAAAACAGAUUGGCGAGAAGAAUCCCUGCACUUCGAGUUGGCAGGGGUUGGAAUCGGGUCAGCAUCUUUCGGGGUAUUGGCACUGGCCUCUGUCAUACCAUUCUUUCUAAAACUCAGAAAGUUCCAAAUUGGUGCGGUCCUUAGUAGCAUGGGGCUAUCUUUUAUCUCAGCUGUUUUGAUAAUGAAAGGAAUCGCACAAUACAGCGAUAAUUAUCAAUCAGUCAUCAACCCCUACGCCAAGACCUGGAAAUGGUUCUUCCAUUUGACUGACGACACUUUAGCCAUGGAUUUCUACUUUGCUUUCGGAGCAGCCAUAUUUCAUUUCUUUGCAGCCGUCUCACUGAUCAUACAUGCCAUUGUAUAUAUAAGAUCCGACGACAGCAAGAACAAAACAACUGUAGAAAGUAUCUGUAUGUAAUGUGAGGAAACUAACCUUCUUCACCUGUACAUGUAUUUAUUAAACUGUUUCACUGUGUUUGAUUGAAGUAUAUAUAUAU